AAUAUUUGUAUCAUAUGUUAAGUAUCCCUAAUAAGAUCAAUAUUUCCUCCGUAACUGAAAAUAGAUGUCGUAUUUAUUAUGAAUUUGAAUUUGGUGACGAGAAAUCUGAUCGGUGAAUCUUAUUGGCGCUGAUAUCAGUAUCUUUUCGUGGUUAUUUGACGAAAAAAGUUUUCCAACUGUCAUCUGUAUUUCUUUUAUAAGCAUCGCUUUUAGUUAUUCUAACUUAGUAUCAUAGAACUUUCGCUUUGUGUUCCCCUUAUCUCAUACAGUUUAGUAUGUUGUGGAGACUGAAGAAUGUAGCGUCAUAAAAAUGACUGUGACACUGGUGACAGUAUACUUCGCAAACGGAUUAAUUUAUGCUAAUGCGAAAAAAUGCCUCCAGCUGGAAAAUCGGUUUGCCAUAUUAGGAUUCGUCUGAGACUAGGAAUCAAGCGCUCCUUCGUUGCAUCAAGGACAACGUAACACGACACAAACAUCUAAUGGUGUGAUUCUGAUAAAAUUGGAGACAGCCGCUUUGGUUUCAACCCAUUGACGCUUCAUAGAGAGAGGAUCUUCUAUAAAGUCCACUUGAGAUUGUUGCAACGUAUUCAUAUUCAGUUUAGCUACAAAACAUAUACGUUGUCGUCACAUUUACAAAAACAAGUGGCACGAACGGCUUGCCAUAUGUUGCAACCUAUUCAGUCUAUAUAACCUAGCUACAAAGUGCAGACCCUCAAUUCUAAAUUUCCCAGAACUUUUUCCUAUUAAACACAACUCAAGAAAAUUGUCCCGAGAAUUCGAACUGAGAACUCGAAUACAAAUUUAGGAUUUCCCUGUGAUCGCCUCUCUUAAAUUACUAUAUAAACCUCAAAAUAUAUACAUCAAUUAAAUAUGGCUGAUGAUGAGGAACCAAAAGGAAAGAAAUUAAAGAACCAACAUGAAUUGGACGGAAAAAUCAUCGAAGUUAAUAUUGGAAAAUUAACAUGCUAUAAAUCAAAUGGAAAGUUCUCUAAAACACCAAAGACAAAUUGUCAAAUUUUCCGUGGUAAGUUUGAAAAUGAAACAAAAGUCUUCAUCCGACGGUUUGAUAAGGAUAGAUUACCAAAAAGUGGUGAAGAGAAAGAUAAAGAGUACAUACGAGACAUGGAACUCCUUCGUCAACCAGACAGAACGUCGCACAUGCACGAAAACUUCACUCGUUAUUUCUGCUGUGAACAGGAUGACAACUUUUACUACGUCGCAAUUGAAUGGUGCAUUUGCUCCGUGGAGGAUCUUUACGUUCGUGAUAGGAAGGGAUACGAUUGGGAAGGAAAUGAGAUUGCCACGGAUUUAAUAAAGGCAUCGCUGAAAAAAAAAGAAAUAUUACGACAAGCCACUAAAGGAGUUGCAUUUUUACAUGCGAUGGGGUUUGUCCACCGAAACUUAAAGCCCAGUAAUUUUUUGAUCGCUCAGAUUCAGCUAGAGAAAACAAAAGAUAAGAUAAGAUUCAAAUACUUGGUCAAAGUGUCGGACUUUCGAAUGAGUAAAGAUUUAGUAACGGACACUGGUCAUUCUGGGCAAAGAGGAUCGGAAGGAUGGACUUCUCCCUAUCCUUCCAAGCAUGAUGCUAAUAACGACACACAGCAUCCUACCACAUCUGAAAUCAAUAACGUUACGGAUAGAAUUAAAACACACCCUUCCGAAGAUGUGUUUAUUCUCGGCUGCUUUUUCCACUACGUUUUGACCGAUGGCAUACAUCCAUUCGACCGAUUCGACGAUACUGACCGAAAAACAAACAUCAAUAAUAAGGAUUAUGAAGUCUAUAAACCCGAAUGGACAGCACCAGAAAUUAAAACUGGUGACCAAACAGAAACUGCUAAAGAAUUGCAGCAAGCUGUCAGUCUUAUAAAGGACAUGAUUAAAUUCAAGCCAGAAGACAGACCAGCUCUCGAAACGAUUCUUGAUCGGGCUUACUUUUUACCUGAUGAUUACUACAAACUGUACGAUUUACCGGAAAUAAAACCGGGACUCUGCGUGAUCUUCAAUCAAGAAAUUUUCGAAAAGAAGGCAGACAACCGAUACGGCACCGAAGAAGACAAAAAUGCUUUAACAGACGUUUUUAAAAAAUUCGGUUUUGACGUGAAAACCCACGACAACUUAAAGGCGCAACAACUUUGCGACGAAAUCAACAAAUUGGCGGAAAGAGACGAGUUUCAGGAGUAUGCUUGUCUUGUUGUUUGCAUUCUUUCACACGGUGAUGAAGGAACAGUUUGUGGCACAGAUAAACUCAAUCCGGAGGUAUCGAUUGAGGAUGCCAAGAAACAAUUCAACAAUUUCAAUUGCCCCACCCUAAGUGGCAAGCCCAAGAUUUGGAUCAUUCAAGCCUGCCAGGGGAAUCUAGAACAAGAAGAUUUGAAAGAAAUAACACCGCCACUUAAACCGCUUGAACAAAAGAUAACUACACCUGACCCCACCAAUCAGGAGAAUUCGCCUAAUGCAGAUAGCGUCAGCCAUGGUAUUCAGCCACCGUUUCAAUGCCAACCAAUUGUUUCACAACCCCCAGAUAUUCCACAAGAUAUUCCACGACCUGCUGUGUCGGAUAUUCUUGAUAUAAGGGCCACAGUCCCUGGAUUCGUAAGUUAUCGUUACGAAGAAACAGGUAGCACGUUGAUAGAAAAUCUUUGCAAGCAACUGCGAGAGACAUUCUUUAAAGAGGACGGUGAAAAAUCGAAUCGCCAUUUAGAAGAUUUACUUAAAAUGGUUCAGAAAUCAAUUAGUGAAGAAAAAAAAUUUUUCCCGGCAACUGAAGAUGACAAGAAAAAAUUUCAAACUAUGAAAAACAUAGGCGUAAUCAUUUAUUUAAAGGAUUUAGAGCAGGUUACAGAAGAAGAUGUAAAGAAGCACAACAAAAUUGAUCGAACAUUCAAAAAAUAUUUCCAUAAGGGAACCAACAAACUUAUAUAUUUUCGUCCUUGUAAUAAGCAGACCAUCGAGUGGCGUUCUACUUUGAUGAAUUUUAUUAGGUUUGAAAAAAAAUAAUGCUAAUUUUUCCGAUUAUUUUUUUCAAUUAUACUGGCAAAAUUAAGGGAGGGAAAUGUAGUCUAUUCUAAUCUCCUAAAAUCAUUGGCUGUUCGAGAGAUAGAUAGUAUACAGAUAUAUAUAAAUACAUUUUUAUAACUAUCUAUAGUUAUAAUAAUUAUUAAUAAUUAAUACAUUUAUUUUAAAAAUGUAGGCCUAAGCUGUUUUCAAAAUGUCAAAUUAUGCCAUUGUAGUUAUCAAGUUGUAUCCUAGAUGCUAAAAAUAUUUGAAUAGUCUACCACUAGAUGGCUUUGAAAAUGAAUAUUUGGUGGCAAGAGUGGGGAAAAAAGGUCGACUUGUUUUCACUGGUGCUGACGUAAGAAGCAAUAUCAACAAUAAACGAGUGCCAAAA